AUGACUGCUAUCGGAAUUUUCCUGGCGAUUCUGGUCAUUUUCAUCGUUACAUGUCUCACUGUUAAACGUAGUUUUUUCUUCGGUCAAUUGAUUAUUUAUCUAAAUGCUCUAACUUAUCAUUACAAGAAGAUCUACAUGCGUCCACAUCGUAUUGUUCUCGUGCGUCAUGGCGAAUCAGAAAGCAAUGUUGAUGAAAGUGUCUAUACUCGAACUCCAGAUGCACACAUUAGUCUAACACAACUAGGAACGCAGCAAGCAGUUGAAGUUGGAAAAAAGUUGAAGCAAGAAGUGAUCAAUGAUCCGAAUGAGAACAUUUACGUUUAUUUGAGUCCUUACUUACGCAGUAAACAGACCUAUGAAGGUAUUUCAAAAUCUUUCUCACCAUCUCAAAUCAUCAAAGUUCGUGAAGAUCCUCGACUACGUGAGCAAGAAUGGGGUAAUUUUCUUCAUCCUGACAUUCGUCGAAAUGAAAUAAUAGAACGUAAGAAAGUCGGCGAUUUUUACUUUCGAUUUACUAAUGGUGAAAGUGGAGCAGAUGUAUAUGAUCGUUGUACACUCUUUCUCGACACAUUAUUUCGGAAGAAUAUGAACGGACUAACUCCCAGAGCUAAUAAUAUUUUAAUUUGGACAGUAGAAGAACAUCAGCAAUGGAGAAAUUUUAAGAACUGUGAAUAUUGUGUGUUGGAACUCAACGACAAAACAGGAUCGUAUGAAUUGAAGACACAAUUGGAAAAAAAGAAGGACGAAGAUGAAGAAUAA